AUGGAGCGGGCGCCUCCUCCCCGCGUGCUCCCCCAGGAUUCUCGGGACCCCCGGGAACCCCCCCGGGCUCAGGCGGACAAGGAGCUGAGCACAGAGACCAGGGAGGACAAAUCCCCGCAGCAGAACCUCGUGGAAGAGGCCAUUUGCAGCGGCUCCAUGGGGCAGGAAUCCAACAGGGAGGAAAAACCACGGAGAUCCCACACAAGGAGGGGCUGCAAAUGCAGAUCACGGGGAUCUGAGGAGGAAAGACCCAGCCUGGGCCGGGCAGGCGGCUGGAGAUGGAGCCAAAGCUUGGACCUGGUGGUCCAUGAGCAGUUUCGUGAUGGGGAGACCCACAAGUGCUCGGAGUGUGGGAUGAGCUUCAGAUGGAGAUCCAGGCUGAUCCGCCACCAGAGGAUCCACACUGGGGAGAGGCCCUAUGAGUGUGGGGAGUGUGGGAAGAGGUUUCAGACCAGCAGCCAUCUGUUCCAGCACCAGCGCACGCACACAGAGAAGAGGCCCUUCUGCUGCCACAACUGCAGGAAGGGCUUCAGGUACAACUCCACUCUCAUCAUCCACCAGCGCAUCUACACUGGGGAAAAGCCCCACGAGUGUGAGGAGUGUGGGAUGAGAUUCAGCCGGAGUUCCAACUUGAUCAGUCACCAGAGGACCCACACUGGGGAGAGGCCCUACAGGUGUGAGGAGUGUGGGAAGGGCUUCAUUGAGCGCUCCACACUGAUCCAUCACCAGAACAUCCACACUGGGGAAAGGCCGUACGAGAGUGGGGACUGUGGGAAGGGCUUCAGGCAGCAUUCCCACCUAAUCCACCACCAAAGGAUCCAUACUGGGGAGACCCCCUUCGAGUGUCUAAUGCACUACCAGACACACAUGGAGGAGAGGCCCUACGAGUGUCCUGACUGCGGGAAGGGAUUCAGGCCCAACUCGCACGUCAUUACCCACCGGCGCAUCCACACUGGGGAAAGGCCGUACAAGUGUUCCAAAAGUGGGAAGAGUUUCAGGCAGAGAUCAAACUCGACCCAACACCAACGGAGGCGCCGGUAA